AUGAAACUACAUCUUCUCGUCUCUGCAAUGGAGAAAGGAGGCGGGAGCAUUCACACUCGAUCCACUGAUCACCACGAUUUCAUAGUUAUGAAAACGGAAACAGAAAAUGCCCAGGAACCUACCUACAUUGGAAGGGACCACUACUUGUCGCAUGAAGAUGAAAUCGACGAAAGCAGAGCAAGAGCGUUCGAGCCUGCGUUUUCAACAGUGCACGCGAGCACACAACAAGCUACCGUGGAGUUGUGGAAGGGCAACGACAUUCCACCACAUGCUUUGCGACAAAGCCUCUUGAGUGCAUUUCUGGACCAUUGCCAGGUAUGGACGCCCGUAUUGGAGCCAGACGACGUGGCAGAGUUCUCGCGCGAUCAGACACCGUCGUCAAUGUUGCUGGCACAAUCUCUGUGGCUCGCCGGCAGCCGUGUCACGUCUGGUCCCGCUGUUGCAGCUUUCGCCACUCCCGACAUCUUCUAUCACAGAGCAAAGGCAAUCUUUUGGUCUGGUCUGGAAACGCAGCCUGUAUCGGUUGUCAAGGCAUCGCUCAUGCUACAGUGGUACAAUCCGCAGGCUCCCGAACACGUCUCUUUCGACAGCAGCGGCUUCUGGCUCAAGAUAGGUGUAGGUGUGGCUCACCAGAUUGGCCUGCACAGAGAGCCCUCUCCCGGACCGUCCAGAGCGAUUCGCCGUAAAUUAUGGUGGAGUUUAGCCAACCGCGACUCGUUGAUCUGCGUCGCGCACGGUAGACCCCGAAUCAUCAACCUCGACGACAGCAACGUCCAGAGACCCUUGCGCUCCGACUUCCCAGAGUCGGAGUUCAAUUUCCAUUUGUUCUCGUCAUGGACAGAUAUAUGUCAGGUCCUUGGAGACAUCUCGACCUGCUGUAUGCGGAAACAUCUUUCCCGAACCAAGAAGCUUUACAUCGAUGGUAUGCUUUAUCGCUGGAUCAAGGGCAUGCCGGCAGAACUUCAGAUCAUCCCCAAGAACCAAUUGGCCAACACCUUCUUUCCGGCCGGUCACAAUUUUGCGGUCCGUCAACUCUAUAUCCCUUACUUUACGAGCUUGAUCAUAUACUCGCGCAUGCAGAAUUCGGCUGGCUCCAUGUCGGUCACGGCGACUUUGGCAGCGUCAUUUGUUGCACGCCUUUUCGAAGACUUCGUCGCGCGUGACGAAAUCAAGGUGCUGGCUCCAAUCUUCACUCGCUUCUGCCUAAUAUCCAGCAUGGCUCUUGUUGCAACGAUGCCUCAUCAUGAACUGUGGGACUCAUGUCAGCCCGAUUUGAUGGUGCUUCAGCAAUCACUGACAGAGCUGUCCAAACGCUGGAGAUCAGCAAUUGGCGCGUCCAAGGCACUGAAGAACGCGAUCAGCAAGCGUCAGCAGAAAGGACUCAACGCAGCUCCGCCGGCUCGUAUGGAUGACCAGCACACCCUGGACUUCUUUGAGACCUUAGAUCUGGACUACUGCCGCAUGUGGACGCCGAUCAACCAGCAGCUCCUUGGCGCGGACUCCAACUCGUAUCACCAUGUACAGCUCGACAUACCAGUUCAGGGCUUUUCAGCUAUGGAGGAGUUCAACGCAGCCUUCGAUCCUACCCAAGGCCUGAAUCCGAGCCUCAUGCAGUUCCAGCACGUUGAGGACUGGAUCUUGAACGACGGUAAUUUGUUUCAGCCCUGA